AUGACAGGUGUUAGAGGACGAUAUCAUGCAGGACGCAGUGGUUCUAGACCUAACUCAUCUGGGUCUACUGCUGCUUCCACCUCAUCUACUAUAGCACCACAUAUUUUGGGGGAUAUUUCACCGGCCUCCCUCCCAUCAGCAUCUCCUGUUGCUAUCCCUGCAGUUGCUUCUUCACCGACCCUUCCUGCAGAGUCACCAGUACAUCCAUCAUCUCACUCGACUUCCAGUCAUUUUACAUCCCAACCAUUACAUGUUAUAGAGCAAGAUGACGAUGGGAGCAUCUUUUGUCGUACAAUUAUUAUCUCCCAUAUUAUAUCGACAAUCUUCAAGAAACGUCUUCAUAAGGAAGGUCAUGUUUGGAAAGAAGUGCCUUCGGAGACAAAGGGCUUGUAUUGGGAUGAAUUUGCUAAAUGGGAACAAGAUGAAGCUUUCAAGAAACGGUCUACACAAGCAUCGCUGAACCGUUUGAGUGAGACAGGUGGCCUUGGGGCUGGUCCUUCCCGCCAUACUGGGGGUUCUAUAUCUUCAGCAGAGCAUAAAAGACGAAUGACACAUGAGUUUGGGAGAGAGCCUACACUGAUUGAAUUGUUUGAACGAACUCAUUCUAAAAAAACUGAGGAAGGACAUAUGGUGUAUGUCGACAGAUGUUCUUCGAGUGUCGCUGAAAUGUAUGGACAGUUGCUAGAGCAGGCAACUCAACCAAAUGAAGGGUCUGAGGAGCCUCAGCAGCCAGAUUGCGAUCAGAUAUUGAUCCAGGCUGCCGGGGGGAAAAAUAAGAAGAAGAGGAUUUACGGCACGGGAUCUUUAUCCCAAUCAAAAUUUUCUGAUGUUGGCAGCUCAUCCUCUGUCUCAUCUGGUCUUAAUGAAAACCCAGUUAUACAAGAAAUGACAGAGAAAUUAAAAGUGCAGUCGGAGCAGAUAAAUUUGCAGGCGGAGCAGAUAAAUUCACAAGCGGAGCAGAUAAAUUUGCAAGCGGAGCAGAUAAAUUCGCAGGCUCAUGAGCUGAGCGAUGUUCAACGACAGAUGUUUGAGAUGCGAUUUUUGAUUGAACAACUUACUGCAUCUACUCGCGGUAUUGUUCCUUCUUCCUCUUCUUCUCAGCCACAAUCGACUCAUUAA